CAUUUCAAACCCCCAGUUAUGGCAAUUACGUCCACAAUGAUUCAUAGCCACCUGCCAGCCACUAUAAAUGACAGUUUGAAUCGGGUUUCUGUAAUCCGUGCCCAUCAAGAAGUUUUUGUUGGCCCUCCUUCAUCAAAUCGAGCAACAAAUAGACUGGCUGAAUCCCUCUCCAACCUCCUUCAUCUCUACAUUGAAAACCCUCCAAGAACAAGAAGAGCAAACGUGUCAUGGAGUUUAGUGAGUCAACAAUACAAUCACUCGGGUCCACCAAUGUCUCCCAAGGAGAUAAUUUCUGAUCGGUGGCGUGAAAUUCAUGGCUCUAAUGAUUGGGACAAUCUCUUAGACCCACUUCAUCCUUGGCUCCGCCGAGAGAUUCUUAAAUAUGGAGAGUUUGCGCAAGCAACAUAUGAUGCCUUUGAUUUUGAUCCUUUCUCCGAAUAUUGCGGUAGUUGCAGGUUCAAUCGUGACAAUUUCUUUGGAAAGCUAGGCAUUGAUAAAAAUGGGUAUAAAGUGUGCAAGUAUAUUUAUGCUAUGUCACAUAUAGAAAUGCCCAAAUGGUUAAAAAGAUCACAUUUGGUAGACACAUGGAGCAAGGAUUCCAACUGGAUGGGCUUUGUAGCAGUCAGUGACGACGAGGAGACACAUCGUAUUGGCCGGAGAGACAUCGUCGUGGCGUGGCGUGGCACCGUGGCCCCAUUAGAAUGGUACGAGGAUUUUCAAAGAAAGUUGGAGCCAAUUGGGCAUGGUGAUGCUAAAGUCGAACAUGGGUUCCAAAGUAUUUACACUUCCAAGAAUGAACAAACAAGGUAUAACAAAACUAGUGCUUCAGAGCAAGUCAUGAAUGAAGUGAUGAAACUUGUGAAAUUCUAUAGAGAAAAAGGUGAAGAAAUCAGCCUAACAAUCACAGGUCAUAGUCUUGGCGGAGCAUUGGCUCUCCUUAAUGCAUAUGAAGCUGAAGACACCAUUCCAGGGCUUCCAAUAAGUGUAAUUUCGUUUGGUGCGCCUAGAGUAGGCAACAUCGCCUUCCGGGACGAGCUCCAUCAAAUGGGUGUUAAAAUAUUGAGGAUGGUAGUUAAUCAAGAUUUUGUGCCGAGAAUGCCAGGAGUUGUUUUUAAUGAAAGUUUACAAAUGUUUGAUGAAAUAACAGGGACAUUAGAUUGGAUUUACACACAUGUAGGAGCCCAACUAAAGCUCGAUGUUCGAUCAUCUCCUUACCUAAAGCGUGGGUUUAACUUAUUAGGAUUUCAUAGCCAAGAAACGUACCUUCAUCUAGUGGAUGGUUUCAUAAGUUCUAGUGAUUCAAAAUUUCGUUCAGAUGCUCGAAGGGAUAUUGCUUUAGUGAACAAGGCAUGCGACAUGUUGGUGGAUGAAUUAAGGAUCCCCCAUUGUUGGUACCAAUUGGAGAAUAAAGGACUCGUGCGGAAUGCUCACGGCCGAUGGGUUAAGCCCGAAAGAGACCCAGAAGACAUACCGUCACCUGUUGGAGAAUCACAUGUCCAAGCCCAUGCGUUUGAACAAUACAAGUUUGUAAAGAAAUCCGUUUUUUACUAAUGAAAGAA